GCCCUGCGCUUCUCCAGGACAGGAGGCAGAAGCAGGAGGCCGCGGGGACAGGACCUGAACUGAAAGCCUUGUCUCGGUUUUCAGUUUAAGAUGCCUGUCCUGGGAGCUGGUUCCCAUUUCCUCACAUUCUGAGCUUGGUGACGUUCGGGGAUGUGGCCGUAGAUUUCUCCCAGGAGGAGUGGGAGUGGCUGAACUCGGCUCAGAGGAACCUGUACAGGAGUGUGAUGUUGGAGAACUACAGGAACCUGGCCUCUCUGGGACUCUGCGUUUCCAAGCCCGAUAUGAUCUCCUCGUUGGAACAGAGGAAAGAGCCCUGGAUGGUGAAGAGAAGGCUGACAAGAGGCCGGGGCCCAGAUUUGGAGGCAGGGCCAGAGACCAAGGAGUUACCCGCGAAGAAGGACAUCUGUAAAGAAAAGUUGUCCCAGGUGGUGAUCAUGGAGAGACUCACAAACCACAGUCUGGAAUGCUCCAUAUUAGGGGAAGACUUGGAUUAUGGUGCUCUGCUUGAGAGGCCGCCGGGCUUGGUGACCAUCACGAACAUGGCCGUAGACUUCUCCCAGCAGCUGGACCCAGCUCAGAAGAGUUUCUGUAAGAAUGUGAUGUGGGAGAAUCGUAGUGACCUGGGGUCCGUAGGGCCCUGUGUGUCUAAGGCCGACUUGGUCUCUCUGCUGCAGCAAGAGAAGGAGCCCUGGAUGGUGGACAGAGAGCUGCCGAAGGGCCUGGGGUCAGGUCAACAAUCUAUACAUGAGACCCAGGAAUUAUUUCUAAAGCAGGAUUCAUUUGCUGAAGUAACAGACAGAACUUCAAACACUAAUUUGGAGUGUUCCAGUUUCAGAGAAAAUUGGGAUUCUGAGGGUGUGUUUGAAAGGAAGCUGGUAGGUCAGGAGACACAAUUCAGGCAAGAGACAAUCACUCAUAACAAGAUGCUCUCGAAGGAAAGGGAACAUACUUUUAACAAAUCUGGAAGAUGGUUUCAUUUGGACAUUUCAGAAGAGAGAGUUCAUAAUCAUGAUUCAGUUAACAAAAAUUUUCCCAAAAAUUCAGUGGUAAUAAGACAUACAGGAAUUUAUGCAGGAAAAAAACUUUUCAAAUGUAAUGAAUGUAAGAAAACUUUUACCCAGAGCUCAUCCCUUACUGUUCAUCAGAGAAUUCAUACUGGAGAGAAACCCUAUAAAUGUAACGAAUGUGGAAAGGCCUUCAGUGACGGCUCAUCCUUUGCUAGACAUCAGAGAUGUCACACUGGCAAGAAGCCUUAUGAAUGUAUUGAAUGUGGGAAAGCCUUCAUACAGAACACAUCCCUUAUACGUCAUUGGAGAUAUUACCACACUGGGGAGAAACCCUUUGAUUGCAUCGAUUGUGGGAAAGCCUUCAGUGAUCACAUAGGACUUAAUCAACAUAGGAGAAUUCAUACUGGAGAGAAACCCUACAAAUGUGAUGUAUGUGACAAAUCCUUUAGGUAUGGCUCAUCCCUUACUGUGCAUCAAAGGAUUCAUACUGGAGAAAAACCAUAUGAAUGUGAUGUUUGCAGAAAAGCCUUCAGCCAUCAUGCAUCACUCACUCAACAUCAAAGAGUGCAUUCUGGAGAAAAGCCUUUCAAAUGUAAAGAGUGUGGGAAAGCUUUUAGGCAGAAUAUACACCUUGCUAGUCAUUUGCGGAUCCAUACUGGGGAGAAGCCCUUCGAAUGUGGGGAAUGUGGUAAAUCCUUCAGCAUCAGUUCACAGCUGGCUACUCACCAGAGAAUUCAUACUGGAGAGAAGCCCUAUGAGUGUAAGGUUUGUAGUAAAGCAUUCACCCAGAAGGCUCACCUUGCACAGCAUCAGAAAACUCAUACGGGAGAGAAACCAUAUGAAUGUAAGGAAUGUGGUAAAGCCUUCAGCCAAACCACACACCUCAUUCAACACCAGAGAGUUCAUACUGGAGAGAAACCCUACAAAUGUGUCGAAUGUGGGAAGGCCUUUGGUGAUAACUCAUCCUGUACUCAACAUCAGAGGCUUCACACUGGCCAAAGACCUUAUGAAUGUAUUGAAUGUGGGAAGGCAUUCAAGACAAAGUCAUCCCUUAUUUGUCAUCGCAGAAGUCAUACAGGAGAAAAACCUUACGAAUGUAGUGCAUGUGGCAAAGCCUUUAGCCAUCGCCACAAAAUCUCAACCCUUACCCUUCAUCAGAGAAUUCAUACUGGAGAGAAACCCUAUGAAUGUGUUGAAUGUGGGAAAGCCUUCAGCCAGAGUGCCCACCUUGCUCAACACCAGAGAGUUCACACAGGAGAAAAACCCUUUGAAUGUACUGAAUGUGGGAAAGCCUUCAGUCAGAAUGCUCAUCUUAUUCAGCACCAGAGAGUUCAUACUGGAGAAAAGCCUUAUCAAUGUAAGCAAUGUAACAAAGCUUUUAGCCAUGGCUCAUCCCUGACUGUACAUCAGAGAAUUCAUACAGGAGAGAAACCUUACGAGUGUAACAUCUGUGAGAAAGCCUUUAGCCAUCGUGGCUCACUUACUCUUCAUCAAAGAGUUCAUACUGGAGAAAAACCCUACGAGUGUAAGGAAUGUGGGAAAGCUUUUCGGCAGAGCACACAUCUUGCUCAUCAUCAGAGAAUUCAUACUGGAGAGAAACCCUAUGAAUGUAAGGAAUGCAGCAAAACUUUCAGCCAGAAUGCACACCUUGCACAACAUCAGAAAAUACACACUGGAGAGAAACCGUAUGAAUGUAAGGACUGUGGUAAGGCCUUCAGUCAAAUUGCGCACCUUGUUCAACACCAGAGAGUUCAUACUGGCGAGAAGCCUUACGAAUGUACUGAGUGUGGGAAGGCCUUUAGUGAUGGCUCCUAUCUUGUUCAACAUCAGAGACUCCACACUGGCAAGAGACCAUAUGAAUGUCUUGAAUGUGGAAAGGCCUUCAGACAGAGGGCAUCCCUGAUUUGUCACCAGAGGUGUCAUACAGGCGAGAAACCUUAUGAAUGUAAUGUUUGUGGGAAAGCCUUUAGCCAUCGUAAAUCCCUUACACUACAUCAAAGAAUUCAUACAGGAGAGAAACCUUACGAGUGUAAGGACUGUAGCAAAGCCUUCAGCCAGAUUGCCCAUCUUACAUUGCAUAAGAGAAUUCAUACUGGAGAAAGGCCCUAUGAAUGUAAAGAAUGUGGGAAAGCCUUCAGGCAGAGUGUACAUCUCACUCAUCAUCAACGAAUUCAUACUGGAGAGUCAUCCUCGAUUAUUCCCUCCUCCUCACUCCCAUACCACCAAGUCCUCUAGAUUCAAUCUUCUGAAGGCCUCUAGAGUCCAUCCACUUUUUCCCAGUCUAUGUCCCAUUAUCAUAGUCUAAGUGGUAACCAUCUCAUUUUUAUGUUUACAACAGUGUUACAAACAUUUUCCCUCUAGCUCCCCUCAAGUGCAUUUUUAACACUGUAGCCAGCAUAAUCUUUUAAAAAUAGGAGUCAGUAUUCAUGUUAUUUUCCCAUUUAGAACGUUUGUCUUUAAGAAUAUGUUAGAUACCAUUUAAGGGCUUAGCACACGAUCCUUGACAUAUAAUUAGUGCCAUUAAGGUAAGGGUUUCCUUGCUGUUACCUUCAGCCGCAAAUAAAAUCCAGUAGGUCAAGACUAAGAAAUCUAAGGAUUUUAGAGCAGAAGACUCUUCACUCUCCCAGAAGGUAGGGAAAUGAACACAUUCAGAAUUAAAAGAUUCUGUGAUGGGGGCGCCUGG